CGCUCCGUCCGCAUGAGGGCCGAGCGGGGCGAGCAGCGCUGCUGGGGGGCUUCCCCUGGGGGCGCCUGGUUGGCCCUUGGGAGAGCAGGAGGCCCGACCCGAAGGACCCUCCUGGGCACCAAGUCUGUUCCUAAGCUGGACAGCACCGAAGGGUCCUUGGGAGGCUCCGGAGACUCCAUGCGCCCCUUUGCAUGCAGCCCCCGACUGCCCAGGAAACCUCUGUGUUCCAGAGCAUGAGCAGAGCUUCAGGAGAAUCUCCAGCUGUGCCAGCAGGAAAGUCAAAGACCACAAGGGCCCUCCAGAGCCAGGAUCGGACAGCCUUGCCAAGCAAAGCAGCUGGACUUCUGCCUGCACCAGCUGGACUUGCAGGCCAGGGCUAGGAAUCUCGGGAUGCCCAGACCUCCUGGUAUCACAGACGGCUGCUUCACCCAUUCUUGGAUUGCCAUCCUUUUGCCCAGCAGAGAACCCCAAUUCCAAUGGGAUCUGCCACAUGCAUAGAGACCACAAUGCUUUGGGAUCGCCUUGUGGUUGUUAGAACAAUGCCAGGGGUGUGGGGUGUGUGCUUGGUGUUGCUGAAGGCCCCCAAGAGCCAAAUGCCUGACAGCCUGAAACACCAAAUCUGAAGCCACCUCUGCCAAUUCAGGCAGACUUCCCACUUGGCAGCGGCAUGGGCAAUGCGUUGACCAUGGGUGAUCUGGUAUGCUGUAGAGAAGGAGUCCUGGAGAUUGGCAUGACAAUAGCCUCUUCCAGGGAAAAUGCCUUCCUGGUCAGGGAGUCUAAGUUGAAGAUGCUGUCCCAAGAAUCCAGCUCACAAGCUGAUACGGCUUGCCUGGUCCAUCCAGAUCUUGUCAGUGCAAGACAAGUCAGCAACCUCCUCCAUGUCCCCAACAGCAGCUGUUCGACUGGCAUUUAACAGCAGUACUUCAAUGCUCACGGUAUCUAUGGAUCAGGAAAAUCUCAAUUAAAUGACAGUUGGAUGCAAGUACCACCAAGGCAAAAGACAUGCAUGUGUGGGAUGCAUCAUAUCCACUUAAAGCUGCUGGAUGUAUAAAGCCUUCAUCAUAGACCAAUAAACUUAAAAUAGUAGAGUUGGAAAAGACCCACAAUUGUAAUUCAACUCCCUGGAAUGCUGGAAUCACAGCUGAAGAAUCCCUGAUAGAUGGCCACCCAACCUCUGUUGAAAACUCUUCAAUGAAGGAGAGACCACCACCUGCCAAGGGAGUCCAUUCCACUGCUCUCACUGUUAGAUGUUUAGUGGGACUCUUCGAUUGGUUUGAGUCUUAUGAUGAGGAGCAUCAGGAAAAGCUUGCUUGUAUGAUUCUAUGUCCCCUACCAAGGGUACUAAAGGAGCUUGCAGAUGCAAUCUUAGAGCCUCUGUCUAAAAUAUUUGAGAAUUCUUGGAGAAUAGGUGAGAAUAGGUGAGGUCCCUGCAAAUGUUGUCCAGGAGCCAGGUAACUAACGCCUGGUGAGGUUGACAUCGAUACCAGAAAAGCUCCUAGAACAGAUAAUUCAACGGUCAGUCUGUGAGCACUUAGGAAAGGAUGCUGUGAUUACUAAGACCCAGCGUGGGUUUCUCAAAUGUAAGUGGUGCCAGAUAAAUCUCAUUUCUUUUUUAAAAAAUUGAGUUACAAGCUUGGUGGAUCAGGGGGAUGCUGUGGAUAUAGUGUAUAUUUAUUUCAGUAAGUUUUUUGACAAAAGCCACCAUGGUAUUCUUGAGGAGAAGCUGGUAAAGUGGGGGUUGGAUAAUUUAACUUUUAGGUAGAUUUAUAGCUAGUUAUCUGACAACCCCAAGAUUGUUCUUUAAUGACCUUAACAGAUUUGAGAGCUGGGUCCAAGCUAGCAAAAUGAAUUUCAAUAGGGACAAAUAUAUGGUUCUGCAUAAAAUGGGGGACACCAGGCUUACCAGUAAUGCAUGUGAAUAGGAUCUAGGGAUCUUAGUAGACCAAAAGCUUAACAGGGAACCAGGCAGAGGGCCUUCUCAGUAGUGGCGCCCACCCUGUGGAACGCCCUCCCAUCAGAUGUCAAGGAACAAACCACUAUCUGACUUUUAGAAGACACCUGAAGGCAGCCCUGUUUAGCGAAGUUUUUCAUAUUUGAUGUUGCUUUAAUAAUAAUAAUAAUAAUAAUAAUAAUAAUAAUAAUAAUAAUAAUUUGGGAGCUGCCAGAUGGGCGGGGUAGAAAUAAACUAUGAUGAUGAUGAGUCAACCGUGAGAUGCAGGAGCAAGAAAAGGUAAUGCUAUUAAGUCAAAGACGACUAUGGGGCUGCGGUGCUCAUCUCGCUUCAGGCCGAGAGAGCUGGUCAUAGCUGCCAAGUUAUCCCUUUUUUACAGGGAUUUUCCCUUAUGCUGAAUAGGCUUCCUCGCGAGAAAAGCGAAAACUUGGCAGCUAUGGAGCUGGUAUUUGUCCAUAGGCAGCUUUCCUCCUGCUCCGGAGGGUAGGACUGGUACCAAUGACUUCGUGUACAGGAAAGGAGAUUCCAACUAAACAGCAGGAAGAAAUUUCUGAUAGUAAGAGCUGAUCAACAGUGAUCAACUCCUUUCUCGGGAGUUUUUAACCAUCUGUCAUGGAUGCUUUAGUUGAAUUUCCUGCAUUGCAGGGGGUGAAGUAAAUGAUCCUUGGGAACCCUUCCAACUAUGAUUCAAUGAUUUUAAUUUUGAGUGCCCUUAGUUUUCCCUACAAUUUACCAGUAAGAGAUUUAUCAGCUACUAUGUAUGUGACUAUGAAGCUCCUCUACUUGGCUCCACAGGUGAAUGCAUGAAAUAUAUGGGAUAUGUCAGGCACAUGUCAGGCACAUCCAACUCCCAAGAGACUGCAGUCUACUCACAGUAAAAAAAAAACCUGGCAGUGAUCUACCCAUUGUCAUUGGAGGAUGGAUCACCAAUUAAUGAAACAAAAUACUAAUAGUAAACAAUUCUUCACAUUCCUUAACAACAGAAAAGCAGGGACUCGAUUUUGUUCCUAAGCCUCACUAUAAUGCUUUUCACACCAAGGUAAGGGUAAAGGACCCCUGACCAUUAGGUCCAGUCGUGACCGACUCUGGGGUUGCGCACUCAUCUCGCAUUAUUGGCCGAGGGAGCCGGCGUAUAGCUUCCAGGUCAUGUGGCCAGCAUGACAAAGCCACUUCUGGCGAACCAGAGCAGCACACGGAAACGCUGUUUACCUUCCCGCUGUAGCGGUUCCUAUUUAUCUACUUGCAUUUUUUACGUGCUUUCGAACUGCUAGGUUGGCAGGAGACUAUAAUGCUUUAAUGCUUUUCACUAUAAUGCUUUUUACACCAGGGUAGAUUUAUAUAAAUUGUGUGUAAUAUUAAGUUACGUGACAUGUUUGGUAUCAGAGAUCAACAGCCACAGCAAUUUAGACCUAAAUCAUCUUUUAUCCUGCCUAGUUUUAAUCCUUCCAUAACUUUGUUUCAUUAAUUGGUGAUCUGUGAUUUGGUUAAACUUGAAAAGAGUUUAUCUUAUCCUAGGACCCAGGACAAUUUAACCAAUUCCCAACAUGCCUGCCUUAAUGACUUAUCCAAUGAUACUAACAUUAUCAUAAAUCCAGCUGAUAAAGGAAGGGGGAAUUGUUAUCAUGAAUAGACUUUGAAACAGUACAGUAUAGUGUCAUAAAAAUAUUGUCAGUAUAUUAUUAGCCAACAUGUUUCUUGCUGUUGUUCAGAGUGGUGCAGAGGAAGGCCAUGAUCAUCUACAGGAGACUGGCAUGGCUUGCAUUACUGAGACGUAGCUUCAGAGGAUCUCCGCCUGGCAUUGGUCCAAAGAGGCAGAUUGGGAAUGCUGAUGGUCUGUUGACCACCUUGUUGCCCAGCAGCUUCUCUGAUGGAGCUGGCCAAGGAGCUGAAAUCCAGGCCCUUGGGAAGACCGAACUGGAUGGAUAACUUACAGCACAAAGGUAUCCAUGUCUACCCAGAAGGAAGUGUCCUACCGGUAGUGUUAAUAGGGCUUACUCCAAGGCCUGGAUUUUGACAACUAGGACUGCUGCUGUUUCCAGUGGACAACCUUCCAAUCUAGGCAGGUCUGGUGAAGCUGUGAUGGCUUCACCCAAAACCUUUUGGAGAGUUCUUUGCAUGCUUAGAGUUGGCUGGUGUCUUCUUCCUCAGACUGGCUACCUGCACCCAGAUGAGUUUUUCCAGUCUCCAGAGGUCAUGGCAGGCAGCGUAUUGGACUUAAAGGUUUACCACCCCUGGGAAUUCCUCCCCAAGUCUCCUUGCAGGACAGUAGUGUUUCCCUUGAUCACAUCUGGAGUUGCUUUCUGGGCCAUCAAAGCCCUUCAGCACCUGGGCCUCUCGACCAGCUGCAUCACCAGCUACACCCUCCUCGUCUCACCCCGCCUCCUCCUCACCAUCUUUUCAUUCAUCCUUGACUACAGUGUUUACCAGCUGGCUCCUCUGUGGGGAGCGGAUCCGUGGAACUCACUGGCUCUGCUUGCUGGCUCCUACGUCACACUUGUGUUUUACACGAGGACUUUUGCUAACACUGUUGAAGGACUUCUUUUUGCCUUGCUGCUUCUACUAGUGUCUUCAAAAGCAGCCAGCAAAACCUCGGCCUCAGCCUAUCGGUGGCAGAAUCCUCUCAAUCACAGACUCAUUGGGAUUAUCAUAGUUGCUGGCUUUUUUAACAGGCCAACAUUUCUGGCAUUUGCUCUGGUGCCGCUGUUGCACUGGGUCUGUGCAGGUGCUACAUGCCAGCAAAGCAUUAGAAGGACAAUGUACCAUGUUCUCUGUCUUGCCCCAAGUGCUGCCUUCACUGCUGUUUUCUUCAUAGCUGCUGACACAUGGUAUUUCACUUCUUCCCUGUCAGGACUUAGCCUGCAUAGCUUUUAUGAGGCCAGCCCACUGAGCAUCCUCACCAGGCUCCGCCAGAGUGUCGUCGUGACCCCCUUGAACUUCCUCACCUAUAACCUCAACCCUGAUAACCUUGCGCAACACGGGACUCACCCACAUCUUACACAUUUUGCAGUUAACGGGGUCCUGCUUUUUGGGAUCCUUCAUGUAGAAGCUGUUAGCAAUGGCAUCAAACUCCUGAAAGUGCACAUUAGCCAACUUAUGUGGUUAAAGACCUUGAGGAGGAGCUCACAUUCAGCUCUCACAUGCCCAGAAGGCAGACUGGCACUGCUGGCUUUCUAUUUUAUCCCUCUGGCACUCCUUUCUUUAUUCAGUCAUCAAGAACCUCGCUUCCUCAUCCCUCUCAUCUUGCCUCUGGUCCUCUUGGUCACACAGCACAGACAGGCCCAGCAAUGGAAAUCCAUCAACCUUGUGUUCAAUCUCUGUGGUGCCCUUUUCUUUGGCUGCUUCCACCAGGGAGGCAUAGUCCCUUGCCUCUUCCACUUGGAGCAGCUCACCCAUUCCCCAGAGUCCCUGAGCCAUCACACACACUACACACUACUCUUUGCUCGGACCUACAUGCCUCCCAGGUUUCUGCUUAAUGUUAACAAGAGCAACACGCUGGUGGAGCUUGUCGACAUGGCUGGGGCAGAGAAAAGCUUCCUUUGUCAGAUCCUGGGAUCCAUAGUGAAUGGCCCUGCCUGUGUCAAUAGAGAACUGGGCAAGGAAAUAACUUGCCAGGUGCUGGUUAUCAUCCCAGGCACCGUCAGAACCAUAAUAGAGCAAUGUCAGUUACUGGUCACGAAGGAGACAGUAAUAUUUCCACAUCUGACGAUGGAAGACCCACCACAAAUGUCCUUUCUCCUUAGUGAAAAGUGGAGAAGCCAGUUAGGACUGUAUAUCCUGUAUCUGGAGAGAAAUAAAAAGAGCAACUAGCAUCAAGGUGAGCGAAGCAAAGAAGCUAAAGAACAUUUGGUGCACAAACAUGCAGUCCACAACAACCCUAGUUAUU